AUGGCUACAAAAAAACCAGCAACGACUAGCAAAACUGGUGGUGGAGAAAAACCAAAACAAACAUCAGAUCCAUCCAAGGAUGCAGUUCGGCGUCAACGGAGCAGAAUUCGAAUGGUGCAAAACGUCCUCUUGAUAUGGUUGGACAAAAAUAUCGAUGACAAGAGUGCUGAUUGUCGUAAUACGCUGACUCAACUAAGACGAGUUGUCAAUACUAUCAAUACAUUUAAUGAUUGUGAACAGUGUAUCGAAUUUCUCAAAGAUAUCCACGAUGACAAUGUUUGUAUGAUUAUUUCAGGUUCACUUGGAAAAAAUAUUAUGCCACGUGUACACAAUAUGUCUCAAGUAUAUUCUAUAUUUAUAUUUUGUGGCAAUAAACAACAACAUGAACAAUGGAUCAAAGACUGGUCAAAAAUCAAAGGCCUAUUCACAGAUAUUUUACCCAUUUGUGAAGCUCUUAAAAAAGUUACACAACAAUGUGAACAUAAUGCGACAUCGAUUAGCAUGAUGACCACCAGUAAUAAUGCAUGCAAAACGAAUUUGGAUCAAUUACAUUCUUCAUUUAUGUAUACACAAAUCCUCAAAGAAAUACUAUUGACAAUUAAAUUCAAAAAACAACAUAUUAAUGAAUUUAUUGAUUAUUGUCGUGAUGUAUUCGAUGACAAUAAGGAUGCACUGGUUGAUAUUAACAAAUUUGAAGAAAACUAUUCUAAGGAAACACCCAUUUGGUGGUACACAUUUGAAUGCUUCCUUUAUCCGAUGCUCAAUCGUGCCUUGCGACUGAUGGAAAUGGAUGUCAUCAUAAAAAUGGGCUUCUUUAUUGAUGAUCUACAUCGCCAUAUUGAACAACUUCAUUCGGAACAAUUUGGUAAUUCUCAAUCCGGUGAAAUCCUUACGGUUUAUCGUGGACAAAGUCUAUCAAUGGCAGAUUUUGAGCAGAUGCAGAAGACAAAAGGUGGGCUGAUAUCCUUUAAUAAUUUUCUAUCAACUAGUAAAAGACGUGAUGUCUCACUUAAUUUUGCUCGUGAUGCUCUUUUGAAUCCUGAUAUGAUAGGAAUACUGUUCGUUAUGACAAUUGAUCGUUCUAAAUCAACGGCUCCCUUUGCUUCCCUUAACGACGUCAGUUGUUAUAAAGAUACAGAAGAUGAAAUUCUCUUUUCGAUGCACACCAUUUUUCGAAUCCAAAAUAUCAUACCAAUAAAUGAAAAAAAUCGUCUCUUUCAAGUGGAUUUGACACUUACCAAUGAUAAUGACGAAGAUCUCCGAACACUUACUCAAUUGAUGCGAGAAGAUCUAUUGCCAGAUGAAGAAGGAUGGUAUCGAUUGACUAAACUACUACUUAGAAUGGGUCAGCCUGAAAAUGCCCAAGAAAUUUGUGAAUUUCUGCUUAAUUCAGCAACUGAUGUUAAGAAAAAAGGACUUAUUUAUUUUCUAAUUGGAUGGGCCAAAGAUGAUCAAGGAAAAUAUCAAGAUGCACUCCAAUUUCAAGAAAAGUCACUUGAAAUUCGUCAGAAAACACUGCCUCCAAAUCAUCUUGAUUUAGCUCACUCCUACAACCAUAUCGGUGCUUUGUAUCACAGCAUGCGCAAUUAUUCAAAAGCACUUUCAUAUUACGAAAAAGCCCUUGAAAUUCGGCGACAAUCACUUCCUCCAAAUCAUCGCGAUUUGGCUAAAUCCUACACUAACAUCGGUGCCGUGUAUAAUCUAAUUGGCGAGUAUUCGAAAGCACUCUCGUCUCACAAAAAAGCCCUUGAAAUGCGACAACAAUCACUUCCCACGAAUCAUCCUGAUUUGGCUAUGUCCUAUAACAAUAUCGGUAUGGUGUAUAACAACAUGGGCGACUAUGCCGAAGCGCGUUCCUUUUAUGAACAUGCUGUAGAUAUUGCACAACGUACAUUACCACCAAAUCAUCCUCAUAUCCGAGCGUAUAGAAACAACCUCGACAGAGUAAAAUAG